CUGGACUGCGUGAGCCCGUGCGGGUCUACGAGGCUUCAAAGACCUACUGCUCGUGCGUUUAUCGUCGCUGCGACAGUCUCGUCUGGACCUUCCUCGUCGUCCCCACAGUCCCAGCCCUCUUCUUCGCACAUACCCUCGCCCACGACUGCAUAGUCAGUGCCCAUCGCUACGACUCCUACGACACGCCCACCCGUUACGAUCUCUUCACGAUGAGAAACCCCUUCAAGCGCAGAUCCACACAGGAGCCCGCUGUAGAAUGUUCCAUUCCCAAGACACCCUUCAUACCGAGGCGGACACUCCUCCCAGAGGACAGUGCCACCCCUCGGCCGAUGAGCAGACAGGCGCCGAUGCACCCUCCCACCCCGAUAAAGCCUACUUCUUCACUGAAGCAGCGCUCAGUGACACCAGCACCGCCCUCCUCAAGGCGGGACAGGUCGUCAUCCUUCGGCCAUGCAGCGUACGAGAGCGACGGAGAGGCUUUGACCAUGAGAAUGGGCAACAAAGCCGGGACAUAUUACGGGAGGCCAUUGCCCCCCAGCACCCACCUAGGUGAGUCCCCUUGGUGUCAUCGUCGCCGUUGACGAUGUCAAUGUCUUCGGUGUCUCCAGUAGUCCCUUUCAUCGUCAACUGACGUCAACAUUACCCAGGGUCAAGACGGCCUGCGACAUCAGUCAACCUCCACUGGCAACUCCUGCCAAAGGUGCAAGGCCAGGCGAAAUACCAGCUUCAUUUCGAUGUCGCCUUCCCCAUCGACCUGAUGCGAUUCCACCGAUUUUCGGGUGAGCAUGUACGGCGGCUCGCCCCGGAGGACCAUCACAAACUUGCUACAAGCGAACCACUCACCAAGAUGGUCAUCAAAGUCAAGCACUACCCGGACUGGGAGAUCUUCGUGAAGCGGAGUUCGGGUAUUCGGUGUCUGGACGUAUUCCAGGCGAUCUUCGAAGCGUUCAACACGCCAUUGACGCCAGCAGAGAAACAAAUGCUUGUUCCUUCGCAUAUGCGCGCGAGUGUCGAAGAAACAUUUCGGCUGCGGUGUAAGGCCUGGCCGGGGUUACCGGACGCCGAGCUGGCCCACGGCUGGAAGCGCGUGGACGUACUGCAGCAGGCUACGCUUUUUCUGGGGCUCACGCAGCCUCAGGCCGGUGGGGAUUGGAUGUUGAAUCUUGGCAGGUCCACAUAGAUUCCGUCUGCUUCACGGACACUUGCACGACUACUUGUACGCUAUUGCGCACUGUACUACCUGGAACGGACUGUGUCCUUCCAUAUAUUGAUGCAUCGCGCUCAUUCGGCCAGCCACAUGCCAACUGUCUCUCGCAUUUGUACCAUCAUCGCACUCAUCCCCACCAAUGACACCAUCACCACUCAAACGCAACGCAGGCGCAUCCUUUGCGCUCACCUCGCCGCGUCCCUUUGCAGUUAUUUUCAUCAUCGCAUUCUCAUCGUCAUCGUCAUCAAUCGUCCAUCCUCACGUUCGUAUCGCAAGCUAGCUCUACAUCAUAUAACAUAAAUAUUUUAGUAUCGUUUUUGUUUGCCACAGGGCGGAGAUCGGACACCACCUACAUACCUAGUACUAUAUAGCGUGCGUGCUGGGCCGCCCGUUUCACUUCCGGUCGGUGAUAUACCAUCCGGGCGGCAGGCCGCACACGGGACUCGCCUCGCUACUGCCGAGCAGUGCGCGCGCUCGCCGCGCCUGCCUUUCGAUAAACCCAUACCCAUACCUACUAGCUGCAUCGUCGCCACAUCCUCAUGAUAUGCCCAAUGCCAU